UUCAGAGUUUUUUGCAGAAUUAUUGACAGCUCUUGCAAUCAUCUGAACUUUUUCAUCUGUUACGGUGGCACCCAGAACAUAUUUGUACCUCAAACAAAGAAAUGGUCAGAUGCCAGGUCUUACUGCAAGUGGACGCAUAACAAUUUGAUUUCUGAAACAAAUUAUCUUCAGUGGCUCAAUAAUGUCCUACAGGAAUUCCCUGUCUGGACUGGACUGCACAGUCACGGUGGCUAUAUUGACUUAAAUUUUAUUUAUUGUUUACUAAUACAAACUCCAACUGUAGCUCAAGCUCACACCUUUUGUCUAACCUUUGAUGUCUGUCUGGUAGGUGGAAAAUGGCAGUGGACCAAUGGGGUGUCAGAGUACAGAAAUUGGUCUGAGGCUCAUCUGAACAACAGUGGAGAUUGUGUCACCCUGUGGUCAUUAAGCAAAGGGAUGUCCACUCACAGCUGCUCCGAUCAAUUUCCAUACUUGUGUUUUAAAAACAACCUGAUUCUAGUGAAGCAGAAUAAGACGUGGGAGGAAGCACUGGGUCACUGCAGGGAUCUGGGCAGUGGCCACGACCUGGUCAGCGUGCAGCCUGGCGAAGACCAGGCCUAUUUACUACACAAAGUCAUGGAGGCUGAUACUGAGGAGGUAGGAUCAUAUUCAGCAACUUCUCCUACUGUAGAUGUAAAAGCACCAAACAAAAGCCAUGUUUUGUUGAUUGUGAGAAUUCAUUUCUAGGUGGAAAAUGAAAAGUAUAAUUUUGGCUCAAGAUUUGGUGCAAAUGUUUUGAAGACGUUGUCCAACAAAAAAAAAAAAUUAUUAAAGGCCCACUCAGGGAACAGGAAACUGUAAUGUUGGGGGCAGUGGGAUGCUGGUUUGAAUCCUUACUGGAGCACUGUUUGAGUGUUUAUUUCCUUCUUUAAAGGAUUUUCUAUUUCUAUUGAUGUGUAGUCUUAUUUGAAGACAGAAUUUCUGUGUCAGCUGGUUUAUGGUUAAUCCAGUGAGUCACUUGGAUCAGCUAAAUAUCAGGUCCAAGACUUGAUCAUAGCUUUAGUGAAAAACCAAACUGAAAGCGCAAUAACCAGGUCCCUAAAUGAGCUAAAGUUGCAGAGUUCCAAUUUCUUUUGGUUUUACUUCAUGAAAUUGAACUGUUUUUCUGCGAUUGGUCAGUCCAAUAUGCAGGAGAUGGAAAAAAAAAUCACAGAAUUCUUUGUUGCUCUAUGUUGCUUUGAUUCACACUGCAAUAAGUCACGUUAAAGCAGAACUCAUUAGAUUUUGAACAAAAAUGUAAUAAUAAGAACAACUUGAAUUAGUUUAUUUAUUAGUUUUUUAAAAUCUUUUUUCCUUCAUAUUUUAAUCACA